AUGGGAAAAACUUUAGCUGAUUAUGAUCUUUUGGAAUUUGACAUUGAUGACAAUGAUAUUCAUGAUGAUAAUAGAGAAAUUAGUGAGGAAUUAUCGAUUGUUAUAAAUGAUGAUGAUAUUGCAUGUGCACAAUCUUUAAAUAUUGAACAAAAAUAUGCAUACGAUCAAAUAUUAGAUAAAGUGUUCUCUAAAGUACCUGGUUUGUUUUUCAUUGAUGGCCCUGGUGGAAGUGGAAAAACUUUCUUAUAUAAAACAAUUCUUGCUGCUGUUAGAUCAAAAGGUUUAAUUGCCCUUGAUACAGCAUCUUCAGGAGUUGCAGCUUCCAUUUUACCUGGUGGAAGAACAGCUCAUUCCAGGUUUAAAAUACCUUUAGUGAUGGAAGAACAUAAUACAUGUCAUGUUAGUAAACAAUCAGGAUUAGCGAAACUUAUGAAAGAUGCAAGUUUAAUAGUAUGGGAUGAAGCUCCGAUGGUAAAAAAGGAAGCAAUUGAAUCAUUAGAUAAGAUGUUACAAGAUAUAAAUGAAUGUGAUUUGUUAUUUGGUGGUAAAGUAGUUGUUUUUGGUGGGGAUUUUAGACAAGUUAUUCCUGUAGUUCCAAAAGCUAGGGCAUUUCAAAAAUUACCAUCCCGGCCACCAUUUUCACCGACUUUCGUCUCCCAUUCGCCGGCAUCGUCCUCGUCCAUUGUAACAUAG